AGGACAGGUGGAUGUUGAAGUGAAGCUGCCUGAGAACCCCGACCCGAAUCUCGAACACACGCCGCGGCCCGCUUCCUUCCACACCACUCUGUCCUGCAAGCCCGAACUCAUCUUCUCACACUCCUCCCAUUUUGUCUCGAAUCUCGUUUUCUAUUCGGUCUGACAGCUGCAAGCGACCGUCGCUAUGGUCCGCCUGCGAGAAAUCCCCAGGACGGCCACCUUUGCGUGGUCGCCGGGUCCGGCGCAGCCGUUGAUUGCUACAGGCACGAAGGCUGGCGCUGUGGACGCGGAUUUCUCGAGUGAGACUACGCUGGAGCUCUGGGAGCUCAAUUUGGACAGCGCGGAGCAGGGCGUGGAGCUCCAGCCUGUUGCUACUGUCAAUGCCGAGUCGAGGUUCAACGACAUUGCCUGGGGCCAGCCGAGCGACCAAUACCCUCGAGGAAUAAUAGCGGGCGCAUUGGAUAGCGGGGCAUUGGUGUUGUGGGAUGCGGAGAAGCUGCGGACCGGUGCAAGCGACGCUGUCAUAGAGCAGAUCAACAAGCACACCGGUCCCAUCCAAGCGAUUCAGUUCAAUCCGUUCCGACCCCACAUCCUCGCCUCCGCCGGCGCCAAAGGCGAGCUCUACAUUCACGAUCUUGAGGAUCAGUCAAAGUCAUUCCGCCUAGGCAAGGCCGGAGCGAACCCCGAUGAGUACACAUCGCUGGACUGGAACAAGAAGGUCGCGCACAUUCUCGCUACGGGCAGCGGUGGAGGCUUCGUCACCGUUUGGGAUGUCCGGCAGAAGAAGGAGAAUCUCACAUUGAAUAACUUUGGGAGGAAGCCGGUGAGCGCUGUUGCAUGGGACCCAGAUGUCCCCACGAGGCUCAUCACCGCGAUCCCCGCAGAUCAGCAUCCGCUGGUGCUGGUAUGGGACCUCCGAAAUUCGAAUGCUCCAGAGAAGACCCUUCAGGCGCAUGACCAGGGCGUACUUUCGAUAUCUUGGUGUGCUCAGGACAGCAAUAUCCUGUUAUCAUGCGGUAAAGACAACCGUACGAUUGCUUGGAAUCCGCAUACCGGCGAGUUUCUUGGCGAAUUUCCGGUCGUCACGAAUUGGACGUUCUCAACGAGGUUCAAUCCCGCGAACCCGAAUCUCCUAGCGACCGCAUCCUUCGAUGGCAAGAUUGCUAUCCAGACACUCCAGAAUACCGGAGCCCCAGCGGAUCAAGCCAAAUCUACUGCUCAAGCUCUCGACGGCGAAGACUUCUUCUCGAAAACGCACGUUGAGCCACAAGGAGCAUCUUUCUCGCUGAAGACACCCCCGAAGUGGCUGAAACGUCCGGCGGGUGUGUCGUUCGGCUUCGGGGGAAAGCUCGUCCGGUUUGGUAUCGUCGACCACAAGUCGAAGAUCAGCAUAACCACCUUCGCGGUAGACUCAGAUAUAGGUGCCGCUAGCGAGGAGUUCGAUAAGGCGCUGCAGAACGGCGACCUCGCUACAAUUUGCGAAGAAAAGAUUGCCAAAGCAAGCACGGAUGAGGAAAAGGCGGACUGGACAGUCAUUGAAACUUUAAUCUCAAGCAAUCCGCGAAAAGGACUUCUUGACUACCUCGGAGUUUCAGCUAACAAAGAGGGAGCAGGGGAAGAAAAGAAAGUGACUGGGGAACCGAACGGUACAGCAGACGAGGAGACUUCAUUCUUCGACCAGUCGCACGACGAUAACAACUUCCUCUCAGAUCUAGCUGCUUCAAAGGGCGCGAAGACGAACAAUCCGUUCCAGGUAUACACUGGCUCCGAAUCUGAGGCCGAUAAGAAGAUCACCCAAGCCCUCAUGCUGGGAACCUUCGAGACCGCAGUAGAUGUUUGCCUGAAGGAGAACAAGCUGUCUGACGCCUUCAUGAUCGCGAUUUGCGGGGGUGAAAAGUGCAUCGCAAAGGUGCAGGCUACUUUCUUCAAGAAGCACUCGGAAGGCCCGAACUACUUGCGAUUGCUAGCUUCAAUCGUUGGGAACAAUUGGUGGGAUGUUGUCUACAAUGCCGAUCUUAAGGAUUGGAAGGAAGUCAUGGCCACUAUCUGCACCUUCGCCCCAGAUACGGAUUUCCCAGACCUCUGUGAGGCCCUUGGCGACCGGUUAGAAGAGGCUAUGUCAGGAGACGAAGGCUCAUUUCGGAAAGAUGCUUCCUUUUGCUAUUUAGCGGGUUCGAAGCUGGAGAAGGUCGUGGUCAAUUGGGCGCAAGAGCUGCAGGAGAGCGAGGCUGAAGGCGUUGAGAAGUCUACUGGUGACAACAGCUUCUCAAUCCACGCGCGGUCACUGCAGGAUUUCAUCGAGAAGGUUACCGUCUUCCGCCAGGUCACGGAGUUCGAGGAUGCAGAGCAGCAAAAGGAUUCUGAUUGGAAACUCGAACCGCUGUACGCGAAGUACGUGGAGUAUGCUGACAUUGCAUCUUCCCAUGGACAACUCUCCAUCGCGGAGAAGUAUUUGGACCUCCUUCCCGCGAAGUACCCUGCGGCGGACGUGGCUCGCGACCGGAUCAAGAAGGCAACGAAGAAAGCUGCACCACAACCAGCUGUUCAGAGACAGACCCACGCCGCACCGGCACAGCGAGGCUCGCGCGUGGUGCCGACGUAUCAAACGCAACAGCCUGCUCCGGCGCAACAGACAGGCUCUCCGUAUGCUCCUGUCAAUCCUCUCUCGGCGCAGGUGCAAGCGCAAGCGGCUGUGCCCUCGCAGUACACUCCUGCAACGAGCCGGAGUGCGUAUACUCCUGCCGGCUACCAACCAUCGCAGCCAUCAAUCCCUCAACCAGGAUAUGGUGGGUAUCAGCCACCGCAGCAUCACCCCAUCGCGCCGCCACCGCGAAACUUCUCAAGCUCUCCCUCUGUUCCUCCGGCAGCGACUCGAGGCAACAUUCCGAACUGGAACGAUACUCCAGAUCUUGGACCGCCAAAGGCCUCGUCGCGUCGCGGAACUCCACUCAAUACAGUGAGCUCGCCUUUCCCGAACCAGCAAGCCAUGGCCGCACCGCCUCAGGGACCAUCGCCAACGUUCCCUCCCACGUCCAGGCCGACGCCCCCACCUCCACCAAAGGGGCCACCCCAAGGACCUCCGCGAAUGACCUCACCGCCAUCCGGCGCUCCUGCUCAUAAUCCGUAUGCUCCCCAACAGGCAACGAGCGCUUAUACGCCUCCGCAACCGACUGCCUUUGCCGCUCCUCCCCAGCAGCCACCGGUGCCGCGUGGCACGUCGCCCUAUAACCCUCCCCCAUCUCACGCACCGCCUUCGAACCGCUAUGCUCCCGCUCCCGGCACAACACCUUCGGCACCGCAAGGAGGAAUGCCACCACCGCGACACAUUGCGCCGCCGCCGACACAAUUCUCGGGUGCGUCGCCAUAUGCUCCAGCACCGCCUGGGCAAACACCUCAGGCUUCAGCACCACCGCCAAGCUUCGCAAGGCCAGGCCCGCCUCAAGGUACGCCGCAGGGCCCGACACGAGCCGGCCCUCCUCCAGGUGGUCCCCCUCAGGGGGCUCCUCGGUCGGAUUCGCGGCCAGGGACUGCUCACUCCCAGAGGGCAGGGUCGUCAGCGCCUAAGCAUCCCCCUGGGGAUCGUUCGCACAUUCCGCCAUCCUCGCGCACCAUCUACGAAAUUCUUAACACAGAUAUGCAGCGCGUGAAGUCGAAAGCUCCGGCGCAGUACAAGCAGCACAUCGCCGAUACGGAGAAGCGAUUGAACAUCCUCUUUGAUCAUCUGAACAAUGAGGAUCUGCUGAAACCCGACACGAUCCAGGAGAUGAACGAACUUGCGGGUCACCUUCAGGCUAGGCAGUACGAUGACGCGAUUGCGAUCUUCACUGACUUGAUGUCGAACAAGACGGAUGAGGGGAGCAACUGGAUGGUUGGUGUCAAGAGAUUGAUUCAGUUCAGUAAGGGGACGCCGCAUUAGGCGCCUUAACCUUUGAAGCGGAGCUAACACAUGUUUGUGUUGGCAGAGGAGGGACUAUUCGGCCGAUUUGGGGAAUGAGAAUAGAAAACGGAAUGGACGGAUAAGCGUGUAGGAGUACUUCCGAUAGAUACACGAAGUAUGAACUAAAAAGGGUAACGCUGCACAACAGCAGUUCAAUUAGGGACCAUCCCAACAAUCCGUUCGACGCAAGUCGUCUAUCUUCUCUCUUUCUAUUAGCGCUCCUCGGAUUCCUCGUUCUCACUGUCGUCCCACAAAACACGUUUCUCGAACUC